CGACACACCGUGAGUACCUUUGGUUCAGGUUCAGCCGCCGAGUCCCCAGAGCACUGCCAUGUCCCUUUUGCAUCCACUCCAAGCCACUAUGAUCGCGUCCCCCCAGGUGACAUCAUUAUAUAUAUCCUAGACCCUCACCAAAAACCGUCGCGCCGGAGAAAGAUACAUAAUACCCUUUCCGACGGUUGGACCCCGAAUGCCACGAUAGCGAUUGUCAUCCUCGAAAUCAUCUGUUUCUUACAUUCUUGACCUGUCUUUUUCUGUCCGAGUUCUGUUUACAAGUCCGUUCUUGCAGCAGCGCAGCGCUUUUUUUUAUUUUAUUUUUUUUAUUCUUUCGUUCUAUCUCCUCCACGCCACUUACCGACUAUCCUAUCUACAUCCACCUACUACUACUACUAUUAUCUAGUCGACUUUCCUCUCAGGGUAGCUCUAGCUAGCUACCUUAGCUACCUCCCCACCUAACACUCACUCCAUCCACAACACCUAAUCAACCCACCAUGUCCACCAAAACAUACAUCCUCGUCUACGAGGGCUCCCCCCUCGACUACGCCGAAUACCGACACACGGCGCUGCACUUCGUGUUCCCGCGGGGCCUGACGACGACGAUGCACGUGGUCGGCACGCAGGGGCUCUUCCAGUUCGAAGAGGACAUCGACCAGGACCCCGGCGAGGGCGGGAACCUGGUCAAGACGAUCGCGGUCGGCCCGCUGACGGGGUCGAUCAGCGCGGCGGCGCUGAAGAAGGCCGUCUCGGCGACCCCCGUCAAGAACGGGCGCAACGACCUGGAGUGGAAUUGCCAGAACUGGGUCGGCGAUGCGCUGGCCGGGUUGGUGGAGAUCGGGUACUUGAGUGAGGUGCAGCGCACGGGGGCCAUUGAUCAGAUGCUGGAUGCUUGUCUGGAGGCGAAGGAUGAAUAGGUUUUGGUUUUCCUGUUGCUUUAUUGUUUGAGUGCAUCUUGUCUGUUGUCUGUUGUCUAUUGUUUGUUUCUUGAUCGGUGAAGUGUGCUCCGUGGUGAUAUCCCAAUGUUGAUUCUUGCUGUGCUAUGUAUUACAUUGAAUACCUGAUAGCACAUACCAUGAUAUGGCAAUUCCAAG